UCCUGCGCGUUUGAACGCUGCCCCCGUGGAGGCCGCCAGCGCCGGUGGCUGCAGGGCCUGUAGUGUGGCGCGUCCGCGUGAGAUGAGUGGCCAGGCACAGUUGUGUCCAGAGACCCAGCCUGGAGCACGGGCCGGGAUGUCUCCGUCAUGUUUUUACGUUCGUUUCACACGGACGCAGCGAUGUCUCAGAUACCUCGGAUCAUGCAGGGCACGUGGCCAAGGCUUGUUUUGUCUGUUCCUUUUCUCCUGUCUUACGUGGCUACCAGGUCUGCCACGACUCCCGUGGCCCCUGUCCACUGCCUGGCACUCUCCAGCCUGGCUGCCAGCUGCCCCUUCGAGGGCAGAUGUGAGCACAGGGUGGUCCCUGGGGAGAAGCACUGGCAAGCGAGUGAGCCAGGCUGUGCCCAGUCAGACCCUUGCAGACCCCGAGGCUUGAAUUUCAUGGAACUCUCACCUCUCACGGAGUAUUGUUUUUCUUUUGAUUUUUUUCCAACCAUUUAAAAAUUUAAAAGCCUUUGUUGACGUGAGGGCUGGACCAGGCUUAGGGCUGGGCUCUGGUCCGCACCCCACACUGGCCCCGUGUGUCCUGUGCCCAUUCUGCCUGCGGGGCAGGCCUGAGCCACCACGGGAUUGCAGGGUCCUCAGGGUGCAGGGCCCGCGAUGCUUCAACCCUCCCACGACCCCAGCACCUUCAGAGAAAACGGACCCUCGCGUCGUGUGGAGUGGUUCCGGCAAGCAUGAUCACCACACGGGGGACUUGGCAGCUUCUGCCCCAGGCUUCAAAGGACAGGGGAUCCAGAAUUCUCUGUCCCACCCUUCAGCCCCGGCCCUUAAAGCUUCUGUCCCCAGGGCUGUGGGGAAGAACCAGGGAAGGGCUGGCGUGUCUGCUGUGCCAUCCCAGGUGCUCGCGCCUUGCCAAGCUCAACCCCUGCAGUCUCAGAGCUGCAGGCCCCUCCCGGGUGUCAGAGCUGCAGGCCUCUCCCUGGUGUCAGAGCUGCAGGCCCUUCCCUGGUGUCAGAGCUGCAGGCCCUUCCCUGGUGUCAGAGCUGCAGACCCUUCCCUGGUGUCAGAGCUGCAGGCCCCUCCCUGGUGUCAGAGCUGCAGGCCCCUCCGUGGUGUCAGAGCUGCAGACCCCUCCUGGGUGUCAGGACACUGACUGGAAAGGCCCCCCCACAUCCCUGAACUCCAAAGGGUAUGUCCUUUGGUGCUUUUUUUUUUGGCUGUGUCUGCCAGGCUGGAGUGCAGUUGUGGUACUCAAGCCAUCCUCCCACGUCAGCCUUCUGAGUAGCUCGGUCUACAGGUGCACACCACCAUGCCCAGGGAGUUUUUAGUUUUCUGUAAAGACAGAGUCUCGCUGCGUUGCCCAGGCUGGUCUGGAACUCUUGGACUCAGGUGAUCCCCCACACGUGGCAGCUUUGACACUUGACCAUUUCCUCCCAAGCUCUAGCCUGACACUGGCUCUGUGUCCCAGAGACUUAAUCAGAAGCUGGUAGAAGGACUGUGAAGUGUGUCACAGUGGGAACUGCCGUCACCCCACAGCUGGCCGGCCUACCUGCACGCCCACCUUGGCCCCGAUCUUGGCAGGGAGGGGGGUGUGUUGGACUGUGGGGAGAGCAGCGGCCUGCGCUGGCAGGGUCCUCCCAUCGCAGGGUUAGCGCUCUCAGCUGUAUUUGAUUUCUCCUCAGCCAGAGGGGGUAAGGUGGCCUUCCCGGAAGCACAGGUGGGCUGCGUGUCAGAGGCCCUGGACAGCCUGUGCCUCUCCCGGGCCUCCCAGCAGGGGUGGCUCUCACCUCUCUGGAGGGGAGACCCCAGGCACCGGCCCCUGCCCUCAGCCACAGCCUCCCAGGUUCCUUGUGUUUCUUGGGUUCUGGGGCGGGCACAGGCUCUGUGGGUGCACACGGCACAGUCAGGCUCCCAUCCUUCUAGAAGGCUGCAGAGUGGCGUGUGGGCAGCUGUGUGACGCGGCCCCAGAUCUCCAUCUGGCCUGGCCUGCAGCAGCUCCCUAGGCCCUCUGCUACCUCCCCUGCCUACCUUUGGGUACACGUCCUCUUGACCUUUUCUUCUGUGAUAAAGCAAAAGCGUGUGAUCUCUUUUCUCACCAAGGAAUAAAACGUCUCUGAAUACCACAGACGUGAUGCCGGGCUUUUGGGGGCCGGGGGGCAUCCUAGGGCCCUGAGGGAGGAGCCCCGUGGGUGCCGACGUUGCGCCCCAGGCCCUGCACUGAGACAUCCCCUCACCUCACCCCAGGCGGCUGGGCAUGCUGGGAAGUCCUCCCAGGCUGUGUGUGUGAAUCAUGCUGUUUCUUCUCUAUUUUCUCUCUCUGUCUGUUUAUUUUUGUUGUGUGUCACUCUGACCAGCCGGCCGCCCUGUCUCUUCCCUCCAUGCUCCGCUUCGCCCGCUGCCGGCCAGAGGUGACCAGGUCCGGCUCUCAGCACGGCCACCGGCCGGGGGGCCAUGGGGAGCUCCGCCUCCUCCCUGGCCGCAGAGACCGAGUCGGACCACAGCUUCCCCCGGGGGCCGCCCUACCCAGGUCCCCCGGCAGCGGCUGGCUGGUGUAGGAGCGGCCCAGGGGGACCCGUCUGGGGAGGUGCCCUGGUCAGCCGGCAGCACCAGCCCCCACGGCCCCGGGCCCGCAGCCACACCCACUCGCCCGGGUCUAUGGCCACGGCCGGAGAGUGGUCCUGUGUGCGCUGCACCUUCCUGAACCCGGCCGGCCAGCGCCAGUGCUCCAUCUGCGAGGCCCCCCGGCACAAGCCUGACCUCAACCACAUCCUGCGGCUCAGUGUGGAGGAGCAGAAAUGGCCCUGCGCCCGCUGCACCUUCCGCAACUUCCUGGGCAAGGAGGCCUGCGAGGUGUGCGGCUUCACCCCAGAGCCUGCACCUGGAGCUGCCCUCCUGCCAGUCCUCAACGGAGUCCUCCCCAAGCCCCCCGCCAUCCUUGGGGAGCCCAAGGGCAGCUGCCAGGAGGAAGCAGGUCCAGUGAGGACUGCGGAGCUGGUGGCCACGGAGCCCGCCAGGGGGCAACAUGAGGACAAGGACGAGGAGGAGCAGGAGGAACAGGAGGAGGAGGAGGGGGCGGCGGAGCCCAGAGGGGGCUGGGCCUGCCCGCGUUGCACGCUGCACAACACGUCUGUGGCCAGCUCCUGCUCUGUCUGCGGGGGCCCACGCAGGCUCUCGCUGCCACGGAUCCCUCCUGAAGCCCUGGUGGUCCCGGAAGUGGUGGCCCCGGCCGGCUUCCACGUCGUGCCUGCCGCACCUCCACCUGGCCUUCCUGGGGAAGGUGCCGAGGCCAACCCCCCAGCCACCAGCCAGGGUCCAGCUGCUGAGCCAGAGCCGCCCAGGGUCCCGCCCUUCAGCCCUUUCUCGUCCACCCUGCAGAACAACCCCGUGCCACGCAGCCGACGCGAGGUUCCCCCCCAGCUGCAGCCGCCGGUGCCUGAGGCUGCCCAGCCAUCACCCUCUGCCAGCUGCAGGGGACCCCCCCAGGGCUCGGGCUGGGCUGCGGCCGCCCGCCUAGCAGAGUUGCUGUCAGGCAAGCGGCUGAGUGUGCUGGAGGAAGAGGCCAUGGAGGGCGGCUCCAGCCGCGUAGAGGCCGGCAGCUCCACCUCGGGCAGCGACGUCAUCGACCUGACCGGAGACAGCGUGCGUUACACGCCCGCCAGCCCCUCCAGCCCUGACUUCACCACCUGGUCGUGUGCCAAGUGCACGCUCAGGAACCCCACGGCGGCCCCCAGGUGCUCGGCCUGUGGCUGCUCCAAACUGCACGGCUUCCAAGAGCACGGCGAGCCCCCCACCCACUGCCCUGACUGCGGGGCGGACAAGCCGGGCCCCUGUGGCAGAGGCUGCGGACGGGUCUGCACGACCCAGAAGGCCACCCGCGUGCAGCCCGAGCGCCCGGGCCAGUGGGCCUGCCCUGCCUGUACACUGCUCAACGCACCACGGGCCAAGCACUGCGCUGCCUGCCACACGCCUCAGCUCCUGGUGACCCAGCGGCGGGGGGCCGCGCCCCUGAGGCGCAGGGAGAGCAUGCACGUGGAGCAGCGGCGGCAGACAGAUGAGGGCGAGGCCAAGGCGCUCUGGGAGAACAUUGUGGCCUUCUGCCGGGAG